GAGUGUUGCCAUAGCAAAAUGCUUUCCUGCUACGUCACUUGCGGAAGCGCUUUUUUUUCUGUACGGGUGGCCUGAUGUGGUGGCUGCUCCCUGCGGCUGGCGGCCUCUUGCUCACCUCCCUGGUACUGGGGGUCAGGCUGUGGCAGGUACUGAGGCGGCCUUGUGGGCACCGACCGGGCAGUAAGGGUCAUGUCAGCCUGCUGGUGGUGGCGGGCUCUGGAGGGCACACAACUGAAAUCCUGAGACUGCUGAGCAGCCUGUCCACAUCGUACUCCCCAACACACUAUGUUAUUGCAGAUACAGAUCAAAUGAGUGAGAAGAAGAUCCGUUCAUUUGAAAAUACAAAGGAUAAGGGCUCAUCCCACCCAUUAUAUUCCAUUCAUCGCAUCCCCAGGAGCAGAGAAGUCAGACAGUCCUGGAGUUCAUCCUUGCUGACUACCUUACAGUCCUUGCUUUACUCAGUUCCAUUAACUCUUCGGUUAAAGCCAGACUUGAUCUUAUGCAAUGGGCCUGGGACGUGCAUUCCUGUGUGUUUCUCUGCACUCUUGCUUGGAAUCUUGGGCUUAAAGAAAAUCCUCAUAGUCUAUGUGGAAAGCAUCUGUCGGGUGGAAUCCCUCUCAUUGUCUGGGAAACUUCUGUACCACAUUGCAGACUAUUUCAUUGUCCAGUGGCCUCCUCUCAAGGACAAGUAUCCAAACUCCAUAUAUUUGGGAAGAAUAGUUUGACCAUAAGUGGAUGUUACAUACGUGCUUCUCAUUGGUGUGUUUAUCUGCAUGGUACCACACGUGACUGUAUAUCCUGAUAUUUUACAAAGAAGCAGGUCGCUACUUAGGUCUGUUACAUGAAAAGAGAAGAAUAAGGUCUGGAGAAUGGAAUUAUCCUUUUCUGUCUGUUCUUUACCGUCUUAUACAAACUAAAGUACAUGAGGAAAUACUAUGGAGAAUUGAAAACAUAUAUGUAAAAUCCACUCUGCAACGUUGCUGUGUUAAUAUAUGUAAUAAAAACUGAGGCUCUUGCUCA